AUGCCAGCAAAGCUUAUCUCUAAUGUUUCCAUUGUCCUUUUGACAUUCUCAAAUUUUAACAGUGCUGCAAAGAUUUACAAUAAUCUCAACAGCUCUUUUAUUGGCGGAGUUUCCUCGAAUCAAAUGGAUGGCUCAUUCGUUAGUAGUUCUGGUCCUGAAUACGUCGAUCCAGAGAGCGUUGAUCUCUCAUCAGGUACUGAGUCUGAAUUGCAGGAUCUUGAAGAUAACGAGACAGUGUUCCGUGGGUAUGGCUCCCAUGGGUUGACUUCAAAAGUCCAUUUCACUACAAAGCAUGUCACUUAUACUACUCUGGACAUCUUUGGUCGCCUGAAGACCCAAGUAUCUACAUCAACUGUCUAUUACAAAGAUUCAUACACUGCCUCUGAAAAUGCAGCUGCUGGUAAGCUUGUAUUUGGUGGAAAUUCUGAUGAUACCACCUUAUUCGUUGGUGGAAUAUUAUCAUCGAUGGUUGUUGGCGUUUUGUGUUUAAUUUAA